AACGGGCACGCCGCGCGUGACCCUCCGGUGUGUUUUCUGAGUAGAGUUAGCAUGUUAGCUUCGUGUGGCGGGAAGCGCGUUUAUAGUGAUUUAUACUUAAUAUUUUUACACAUAAACUAAAAUAGGGUGAAUAAAGAGUCAGAUUCAGUUCACCCGGAGCCGCCAGCCGCUCUCUCCGCUCUCUAAAACCGCCGGAAAAUCCCCGAAGGAGCCAGAACUGACCGACAGAGCUCAGCCUGAGGGAACUGGUUCCUCCACAGCUGAGGAGAAAAAGCGGGAAAAUGGAGGUGAAAUACAGCUAAGAUGCUGAACUGACCAGAGAAGUAGUUGAAAAGCACCUCUCCACCCUGGGACGCUCAGGACAAUCGUUUGCCUACCAGUUUCUCACUGUGCCGAGGCAAAACUUGAAAAAUGUGUCCAUUUUGUCUGAAUACACCCAUCUUCGGAAGCUGGAACUCCCCUACAACAAAAUUAAAGAUUUAUCCUGUGUGAGCCACAUGCCAAACCUCAUCAUACUCGAUGCUUCCCACAAUGAACUUUCCACCUUUUUUGGAUUCCAACCACCAAAAUAUCUCAAGGAAGUGAAUUUCUCUCAUAACCAGAUUUCGGAAAUGAAGGACCUAUCUGCCUACUUUUCUCUCAACAAGCUGAUUUUAGACUAUAACUCCAUUACUGAAAUCAAGGGUGUGGAGAAAUGCAGCAGCUUGAUCCACUUCAGCAUAGCCCACAACAAGAUCUCACGCAUCAGCGGCCUAAAUAAUCUGCCUCUCAAACAUCUCUGUCUGAGGGGAAAUCUCAUAAAGAAGAUUGAAAAUUUGCAUACGCUUCGGGCCCUGCAGUUUCUGGACAUCUCCUCCAACAGGAUCCACUCUCUCUCUGGUCUUCAAAACCUCCCCCUCCUUGGAAGCAUCAAUUUUGAAAGUAAUAUGAUUAGUGAGAUCAAGGAGGUCUCAUAUUUGCACGACAUUCUGCUGCUGAGAGAGCUAAAUCUCAAGAGGAACCCAGUGCAGGAACAGCCUGACUACAGGAUGAUGGUGAUCUUUCUCCUCAAUCGUCUUACUGAGUUGGAUGAACUGGCUGUGACUGCUGUAGACAAGGUCACUGCUGUAAACAAAUAUGAUCCACCACUUGAAGUUGUGGCAGCCCGAGACCACAUGACACACAUGGUGUACCAGCACUUGCAGCCACAAGUCAUCUUUGACAGUACGCUGCCCAGUCUGGAUGCUCCAUACCCCUUGCUCAUUCUCACAGGUCCACAAGCAUGUGGAAAGAGGGAGCUGGCCCAUAAGCUUUGUCAGGAUUUCUGUGAUUAUUUUGCUUAUGGAGCUUGUCACACCACCAGGGGGCCUUACUUUGGGGAGGAAGAUGGCUCUGACUACCAUUUUGUGCUGGAGGAGGAAUUUCAGAACAUGAUUCGCAUGGGUUGCUUUGUCCAGACCAUGCAGUAUGGAGGCCACUGGUACGGUUUGUCUCGGGAAGCCAUUGAAAGUGCUGCUAGAGAAGGCCUUGCUUGCUGUGUUCAUAUGGAAAUUGAGGGUGUUUAUAGUCUGAAAAAUUCUUAUUUUGAGCCCAGAUACAUUUUGCUGAUUCCUACAAGUACUGAAGGGUACAUUUCACGCAUGAAGGCUCGAGGCCUCUACAGUAAUGCCCAGAUAGACACAGCUGUGUCACGUAUUGAUCUCUAUGUCAGAGUCAACAGAGAGCAGCCUGGCUUCUUUGACAGUGUGAUCCCCAGUGACAACCGAGAAGAGGCUUAUAUGAGGUUAAAGCAGAUAGUGGAAGAUUUUUUAGGACUGCAUGAGCAAGGGGCAGAAGGAGACAGAACCAGAGUUAUACCUGACAGUUCUUCUCAAGGUGAGAAUGGUGAAGCUUUAGCAUCUCAGAAGGUAGAAGUCAACCCAGCUGACACUGACAGCAUGAAUUACUGGAACAAAGUCCAGGCCAGGCUAACCCCACAGAAAACAUCAGCAGAACUGGCCUCUAUCCACAGGAAAAAGCAGAUGCUUCGAGAAGCCUUGAUGGGCAAGAGCCCUGGGGUUUAUCCACAGCUUUUUAAAAGACAUGCUCAUACAGCCCCAUCAUUACUGGGCCCUCCUUCUCAGCCUGGUGCUUCCUCUUCCUUGAUGCCCAGCUUUGGCCGACCCUUGUCUGACCGCAUUGAAGACAGCAGCUCAGAGGAAUCCCGUGCCAGUUCUGGCCUGUCCGUGCAUAGCUCAGCGGGGGCACUGUCUGCAGGGAGCCCAGCUGAGGGUUUGGAUGCAGGGUCAGGGCCAAAGGUGGAGCCCUUGGAUAUCUCUGUGUUGGGGCAAAACCUGGAAUCACUCAAAGAUCCGUUGGAGUCAGGUCUGACCCCAGAUGCCCCUCGCUCAGUUCCAGAACAAGCCUCUCCAACUCCACUGACCACCUCCCCAGGCCGACCAGGCUCCAACGCCAAGCCCAUUCUGCCUCCUAUUCCAUCAGGACGCAAAGCUGAUACGCCUAGUUCCAGACAGUCGUUGACAGGGCAGUGAGGUGGAUGAGGAAUAGCCAGGAGAGAGGUGGGGAAAUAAUGGACGGAUGGAGGCCUGCCUGCAGCUCCCACUGCUGUGUGCAUAUCAAAUGAGGCCAAGCCUGAGUUUUGAAAGCUCUGCAAACUGAGAUGAAUAUUCUGCAGCUUCCCGAGCCUGUGACAGCGCUAGGAUGAGCAGAUACGGCUGGGUCAAAAGGGCAUUUGGCAGUAUGUGUGCCUCUUGCAGAUGCAUUGCGGAAACAUAUGGAGACUAUGGCUUCCUCCUGUGAAGGACUUGCUGAUCCUUACCCAUUCUCACAGUUUUUAACCGAGGCAGUACACAUUUACAAAUCCUGACCGUCUGUCUGUGUGUGUGUGUGUGUGUGUGUGUGUGUACGUGUGUGUGUGUGUGUGUGUGUGUGUGUGUGUGUGUGUUUGCACUCACACUUGUGCGCUUGUGUGCAUGCAUGUGUGUAAAAAAAGGUGGACUACUUUGCUUGGGGAAAUAUGAGGCUUGUCCCUGCUUGUGUUUUUCAGCUUCUUGUCGGAGAAGAAGGAAGAAUAUAUAUAUUUUGCAUUCCUCUUAUAAUAAAUCUGAAUAUGCUUUUCAUGUUUUAAUAAGGCAUAAAUCAGGCUAGUAGUGGCCUGGAUAAGAUAUGAUUUAACAGUAUACAGUAGCAUACAAAGGUUUGCCAAAAAUACUUGUUUCUUUGAAAAGUGUGUUAAAUAAGACCUGAUUUCCAAAUAGAAUGAAGAUUAAGUUAACCAAAUCCAUCAGAUUUGCUUAGACGUUAAUUUAAAAACGGUUAUCAUAUUUGUAUGGGUGUCGCUGCACAGUAGAACAGUGUGCUGUUUAUGUAAACCUCAUGUGUCAACCAUUAAAUAGCAACAGAGCUUAUUAAUAUAUAUCUGUCGAUGGGUGUGGUGGUCUGGAAGUGAGGUGUGUUUAAGUAAGUAAAUUCCUGGAGUAUUGCUAUCUUGGCAACGCAAAACACAGGUGCACCACUGACUGAAUACAACCUAGACACACGUCAACAGUCAGACAUUCAUCGCUAUCUUGGCAAUACUCAACGUACGCAUUUUCACCCCCACUUGUUAAACAUACUGUACACCCAAGGACACACAGCAGUGCACAAACCCAACUCUUACAUCAACAACAAACAGAAAACUAAAUAAAAUAACAUUUCUAUUCCCGCAAAUAAGCUGCUGGUGUACCUUUACAGUGUGAACAAGCAGGUUCAUUUUUCCUCUGCUAAGAAGCGCAGAAGUGCUACGCCUGUAAAAUAGCAAUCUGCCAAAGUCAGAGCACAUCUGGAUCUUAAAAGGAAAAGCAAUUGACACGCUGAUUGGUUUAUUAUUUCACGUUACAGUACAUUAGUACGUGCCUUUUGUGUGUUUCAAACCACGCAAAGUGUACUUUUCCCGUCGUUACGAUAGCAAAGACUUAAUUAAACAUUAGUUGAGACAUUCUGUCAUAAGUACUGUUUAUAAUGUAUCCUAUUGAAUAAAAAAAUUAUCUUUUA